AUGACGCUACAGGGACUUCAAUUCAUCCUAUUCCUCUUCACGGCUACUAUGGUAGAGGGUCAUUUCUUACAAAAAAAAACUAAGCAGUACCCAUCGCAUCCACUUUCACCUGGCCUUUUAAGUCAUUUGUCUGACUUUCAAAAUUAUCGACCUCGUUCUUCAAGUCAAUCACCUAGUUCUUCAAAUUCUUCACCUGGUCGUUUAGGUAAUUUGCCUGGCUAUAAAAAUAAUCGACCUGUUUCUUCGAAUCAUUUACUUAGUUCUUCAAGUCGUUUAAGUAAUUGGCCUGGCUAUAAAAAUCAUCGACCUAGUUCUCCAAGUCUCUCACAUAGUUCUUCAAUCUCUUCACCUAGUCGUUUAAGUAAUUCCCCUGGCUAUAAAAAUAAUCGACCUAGUUCUCCAAGUCAGUCACCUAUUUCUUCAAGUUCUUCACCUGAUCGUUUAAGUGAUUCACCUGGUUAUCAAAAGAAUAGACCUAAUUCUCCAAGUCAGUCACCUAGUUCUACAAAUUUUUCACCUGGUCGUUUAAGUAAUUCGCCUGGCUAUAAAAAUACUCGAACUGGGUCUCCGAAUCAGUCACCUAGUUCUUCAAGUUCUUCACCUGGUCGUUUAAGUAAUUCGCCUAGCUAUAAAAAUAAUCGACCUGGUUCUUUAAGUCAGUCACCUAGUUCUUCAAAUUCUUUACCUGAACGUUUAUAUCAUUCGCCUGGCUAUACAAAUAAUCGACCUGGUUCUCUAAGUCAGUCACUUAGUUCUUCGAAUUCUUUACCUGAACGUUUAUAUCAUUUGCCUGGCUAUACAAAUAAUCGACCUAGUUCUCCAAGUCAGUCACCUAGUUCUUCAAGUUCUUCACAUGGUCGUUUAAGUGAUUCGCCUGGCUAUCAAAAUAAUCGACCUGGUUCUCCAAGUCAGUCACCUAGUUCUUCAAGUUUUUCACCUGGUCGUUUAAGUAAUUCGCCUGGCUAUAAAAAUAAUCGACCUAGUUCCCUAAGUCAGUCACCCAGUUCUUCAAAUUCUUCACCGGGUCGUUUAAGUAAUUUGCCAGGCUAUAAAAAUAAACGACCUGGCUCUCCAAGUCAGUCACAUAGUUCUUCGAAUUUUUUACCUGAUCGUUUAGGUAAUUGGCCUGGCUAUCAAAAUAAUCGACCUAGUUUUCCAAGUCAGUCACCUAUUUCUUCAAGUUCUUCACCUGAUCGUUUAAGUCAUUCGCCUGGCUAUCAAAAGAAUAGACCUAGUUCCCCAAGUCAGUCACCUAGUUCUUCAAAUUCUUCAAAUUCUUCACCGGGUCGUUUAAGUAAUUUGCCAGGCUAUAAAAAGAAUCGACCUGGCUCUCCAAGUCAGUCACAUAGUUCUGCGAAUUCUUUCCCUAAUCGUUUAGGUAAUUGGCCUGGCCAUCAAAAUAAUGGACCUAGUUCUCCAAAUCAGUCACGUAUUUCUUCAAGUUCUUCACCUGAUCGUUUAAGUGAUUCGCCUGGCUAUCAAAAGAAUAGACCUAGUUCUCCAAGUCAGUCACCUAGCUCUUCAAGUUCUUUACCUGGUCGUUUAAGUGAUUCACCUGGCUAUAAAGAUACUCGGCCUGGUUCUCCAAGUCAGUCACCUAGUUCUUCAAAUUCUUCACCGGGUCGUUUAAGUGAUUCGCCUGACUAUAAAAAUAAUCGACCUGCUUCUUCAAAUCUGUCACCUAGUUAUUCAAGUUCUUCAACACAUCGUUUAGAUAAUUCGCCUGGCUAUACAAAUAAUCGACCUAAUUCUCCAAGUCAUUCACCUAGUUCCUCAAAUUCUUCUCAUGGUCGUUUAAGUGAUUCGCCUGGCUAUAAAAAUAAUCGACCUGGUUCUCCAAGUCAGUCACCUAGUUCUUCAAGUUCCUCAAGUUCUUCACCUGGUCGUUUAAGUAAUUUGCCAUUCUAUAAAAAUAAUCGACCUAGUUCUCCAAGUCAGUCACCUAGUUCUUCGAAUUCUUUACCUGAACGUUUACAUCAUUUGCCUGGCUAUACAAAUAAUCGACCUAGUUCUCCAAGUCCGUCACCUAGUUCUUCAAGUUCUUCACCUGGUCGUUUAAGUGAUUCGCCUGGCUAUAAAGAUACUCGACCUGGUUCUCCAAGUCCUUCUCCAAGUCCGUCACCUACUUCUUCAAGUUCUUCACCUGGUCGUUUAAGUGAUUCGCCUGGCUAUAAAGAUACUCGACCUGGUUCUCCAAGUCCGUCAUCUAGUUCUUCAAGUUCUUCACCUGGUCGUUUAAGUGAUUCGCCUGGCUAUAAAGAUACUCGACCUGGUUCUCCAAGUCCAUCACCUAGUUCUUCAAGUUCUUCACCCGGUCGUUUAAGUGAUUCGCCUGGCUAUCAAAAUAAUCGACCUGGUUCUCCAAGUCCGUCACCUAGUUCUUCAAGUUCUUCACCUGGCCGUUUAAGUGAUUCGCCUGGCUAUCAAAGUAAUCGACCUAGUUCUCCAAGUCCGUCACGUACUUCUUCAAGUUCUUCACCUGGUCGUUUAAGUGAUUCGCCUGCCUUUAAAAAUAAUCGACCUAGUUUUCCAAGUCAGUCACAUAGUUCUUCGAAUUCUUUACCUGAACGUUUAUAUCAUUUGCCUGGCUUUACAAAUAAUCGACCUAGUUCUCCAAGUCCGUCACCUACUUCUUCAAGUUCUUCACCUGGUCGUUUAAGUGAUUCGCCUGGCUAUAAAGAUACUCGACCUGGUUCUCCAAGUCCGUCACCUAGUUCUUCAAGUUCCUCACCUGGUCGUUUAAGUGAUUCGCCUGGCUAUCAAAAUAAUCGACCUGGUUCUCCAAGUCCGUCACCUAGUUCUUCAAGUUCUUCACCUGGUCGUUUAAGUGAUUCGCCUGGCUAUCAAAGUAAUCGACCUAGUUCUCCAAGUCCGUCACCUACUUCUUCAAGUUCUUCACCUGGUCAUUUAAGUGAUUCGCCUGGCUAUAAAGAUACUCGACCUGGUUCUCCAAGUCAGUCCCCUAGUUCUUCAAAUUCUUCACCGGGUCGUUUAAGUGAUUCGCCUGGCUAUCAAAAUUAUGAACCUAGUUGUCCAAUUCAGUCACCUAGUUCUUCAAAUUCUUCACCUGGUCGUUUAAGUAACUCGCCAGGCUAUACAAAUAAUCUACCAGGUUCUACAAGUCAGUCGCCUAGUUAUUCAAGUUCUUCACCUGGUCGUUUAAGUGAUUUGCCUGGCUAUCGAAAUAAUCGACCUAUUUCUCCAAGUCAGUCACCUAGUUAUUCAAGUUCUUCAACUGAUCGUUUAAGUGAUUCGCCUGGCUGUAAAAAUAAUCGACCUGGUUCUCUAAGUCACUUACCUAGUUAUUCAAGUUCCGCAAAUGAUCGUUUAAGUAAUUCGCCUGGCUAUGAAGAUAAUCGACCGGGUUCUGCAAAUUAUUCAUCUAGUUCUUCAAGUUCUUCAACUAAUCGUUUAAGUGAUUUGCCUGGCUAUAAAAAUAAUUCACCUGAGUAUUUAAGUAAUUCACCUAGCUGUUCAAGUUCUUCAUCUGGUAGUUCAAGUAAUUCGCCCGGCUAUCAAAAUAAUCCACCUGGUUCUCCAAGUUUUUCACCCAGUUAUCCAAAUUAUUCACCUGGUUAUUUAGGUAAUUGGCCUGCUUAUCCAAAUUAUCUAUCUGGUUCUUUAAGUUAUUCACCUAGCUAUUCAAGCUCUUCACCUGGUUAUUCAAGAAAUUCGCCUGGCUAUCCUAAUUAUGCACCUAUUUAUCCAAGUCCUUCAUCUGUCCACUCAAGUAAUUUACCUGAUUAUCCAAAUUAUCCACCUAUUUAUCCAAGUUCUUCACCUGUUUAUUUAAAUAAUUCGCCUGGAUAUGCAUAUUAUCCACCUUUUUAUCCAAGUUCUUCACUUGAUUUUUCAAGUUAUUCAGCUGGAUAUCAAAAUUAUCCACCUGGUUAUUCAAGUUAUUCACCUGGUUAUUCAAGUUAUUCGGCCGGCUAUCAAAAUUAUCCACCUGUUUAUUCAAGGUAUUCAUCUGCUUAUCCAAGUUAUUCACCUGCUUAUGCAAGUUACCUGUAUACAAGAUCAGCAACUUACUCACCAUGGUAA